CAUGCUUUAUUUUCGUCCGCAGCUUACAUCCCCACACUAACGCUAAGCCAGUUACCACCUCAAAGGACGCAAAAGUACGGCACUCCCUUUCCAUACACUUACGGAACUCCAGAACGCCAGGAGGGGACACAAACUGACCUCCCAUCUUUCCCCCCACUACAGAGAAUGGCGACCGACGCCGAAAACGGCACGGCUCCGAACGGAACCACGUACGGCAACGAAGGGAUCCCGAGUAUCUACCAACCACCCCGACGACUGAUUCCGCCACGUGUGCGCCAGGCGGAGGAUGAGAUCGACGCUUCGAGGGCUAAACUUGGGGCAGAUUUCGACGGUGCAGAUUGUCUCCUCAUACCCGAAGUCUCGGCGCUCCUGGAACGGCAGCGUGACGAACAAAUGCAGUCUGGGAUCGAGCGGCCGCAUAACGAAAUCCUCUCCAAAACCAUAGCCUACUGCGCCCGCUUCGGCAACGUCAACGACUCCAACACCGUGCGGCAUAUGAAACACGCAUACGAUAACUCCCGAUAUUAUCCUUUCGAAGGCGCUCUCCUCGCCAACCUGAACAUCGAAACUGUCGAGGAGGCGAGAGCGCUGGUGCCUAGUCUGGAUAGAGAUGAUCUAGACGACAACACGCUCCUGGCAACGAUCCUUGAGUUGCAGGAGUUGAGGAAGUUUCAGAGUUCUUCUGUGUGAAUCUUUUUCACACUCCGGAAGCGUACUCGCCCGUGAACAUGCAGAACAAACUUGAAGAUCCCGCGAUAUUCCCCUCCACCAACCGCCAUCUCAAGAACAAGGGCCUCACAAGAAGCGGAACUCAAGGCACGGCGUAGGGAUGUGGUGGGAUUGUGAUGAACCUUUGGUGUGAUGUAAAUUAUGUAUAUAUGAUGGUGCGCUCCCGCUCCAAAUGAACGGGCGUCGAAAGAAUCUAAAAAUCUAUGCCACGAUGGGUGCGACCUAAUAAGAAGGAAUAUAGAGUCUCAGUUCUAAGGACCUACCCAUAAUCCUACGACUUGCUGAUCAGCAG